AUGUACCAUCUGGCCAAGUCGUUGUAUAUGUAUGCCACCAGCAAGGAGGAGUACUCCGUGCUGCUCCUCGGCCUGGACAACGCUGGCAAAACCACCCUCCUCUCCCAGAUCAAAGCCCUCUAUCAGCCGCGCGCAGAUGGCGCCCCCCCUCCUAACCCAGGCAAAACCGUGCCCACCGUCGGACAAAACGUCUCCACCAUUUCCUUACCGGAUAUGUACCUGAAGAUCUGGGAUGUUGGUGGUCAGAUUUCCAUGCGAAACCUCUGGCAGAGCUACUACGCCAGCUGCCAUGCCAUCAUCUUCGUCGUGGAUAGUGCAGACGUGGGCCAAGAUCCAGACAUUACCCGGUUACCAUCCUCCGCAGGCAAUCGACGGCCUAGUUCUGUGUCCGGAACGGGAGGCGCCGCGACAGACGACAGCGCCGCUAUUUCCUUUGCCGAGCAGAUGGCCGGUAUCAACGCCCCCGGUAGUGACUUUGGCCGACUAGACGAGUGUCGCCAGGUGUUGGAGUCCGUACUGCAGAAUUCCGAUGUCGCGGGGGUGCCAAUCCUGAUACUGGCCAAUAAGCAGGAUCGGGAAGACUCCGUGGAGGUUGUCCGGAUCAAGGAGGGGUUUGUGCGGAAGGUCUUUGAGGGAGAAACGGGUAGUGGUGUGCGGGAUAGUCGUGUCUUGCCGAUUAGUGCACUUAUGGGCUCUGGGGUGCAGGAGGCUGUGGAAUGGGUCCAGAGCAGGGUUAAGUGGAAUAAGGAAGGAAGACCGCCUGUGAUGCGGUGA